UCUUGAAACUGGUUUGUUUACACUAUUCGGUUUUUAACUAAUGUUGCGCUUUAUAAAAUAACUUUUCCAUCGUAUUUUUAGUUGAUUUUCUUGAUAAAAAUGUCUGAAAGUCCGGAUUUGGAGGAAAAAGUUGAAACGAAAGUGUCGCGCGUGAGGCCUUCGGGUGACAACGAGGAUGUCGUGCCGAGGAAAAUAAGAAAAGAGGGUGAAGAAUGGUCAGAGGAAGAAGUGGUUACCCUCGACGAUGAUGACUCGGAUAACGAGGAUAAUGACGAGGCGGAUUUCGAUUUAAUCGAUGAUGAGGAAGAAUCUUCAGGGGAAUUAGAUGAGUUGGCGCAAAGCAACCUCGGCUACAUAGAAGGUUGCCAAACUGAUAUUGAUUUGCUUAACCAGAAAGCUAACGAUGAAAUAUUACAAGUGGAACAGAAAUAUAUCAAACUUCGACAACCUGUUUACACGAGGAGAAGCAGAUACAUCGAGAGGGUCCCACACUUUUGGGCGACUGUUUUUUCACGUCACCCCCAACUAAAACGAGUUCUCACCAAAGAAGACAUUCAAUGUUUAAAGUAUCUAACUAAUAUACAGAUUUGUGACUUUGAAGACUCUCGCUCCGGUUACCACAUGAUCUUCCACUUUGCCGGCAAUCCUUGGUUUGAUAACUCAACGAUCACAAAGGAAUAUCAUUUACCGUGGCAUGACGCCCCAUCGUGUGAGUGUAGCGACAUCAAGUGGAAACAAGGGAUGAAUUUAACAAAGAAAAGUUCAAGUUUCUUCAGUUGGUUUUGUUCGCAGGAGGAUGCGUCUACGGAUGAUAUCGCUGAGAUAAUCAAGGAGGAACUUUGGCCGAAUCCUCUACAAAGUUUCCUCUUGAAAGAAAACGAAGAAUCUGCCUCCGAGGAAAGCGACGUAGAUUCGAAUGGGGAGCCCGUGUAUAUCACCGAUGAUGGUGCGGAAUAUAUUAGCAGUGAUGAUGCGACUUAUGCAAGGGGGGUACAAGGUAAAGUAGCACCGGGUGGCAGCAAAGAGGAGCCGUACGUGAUCGAGGAUGGGGAUGGCGAUGGAGAGUUCGAGGAUGAAUCAAAACUUGACGAGGAACUAUUACUUGAUGAUGUCAUCGACGAGGCUGAUGAUGUCAUCGACGAGGCUGAUGAUGUCAUCGACGAAGCUGAUGAUGUCAUUGACGAACCUGAUGAUGUCAUCGACGAAGCUGAUGAUGUCAUUGACGAAGGAAUAGAUGACAUCAUCAGUAAUAGUGAGACUAAUGAUGUCAUACACAAGAACAAUGACAUAAACAAUGGGAAUAUUGUGACAUCAUCAAAUAAUGAACAACUUGUGACAUCAUCGAAUGAUGACAUCAUCAAUCAAAAACAUCAACAACUCACAGAUCCCGUUUCAUCAACUGUCGACAAUGAAACCUGAUUAUGAAUUUAUGAUGUCAUAAUCAUCUUUGUCUCCGAAUUCCAACUCGUGAUUUAUGCAAAUCAUAUCUUUAUGAUGUCAUAAUCGUAACUUUAUGAUGUCAUAAUCAAAGAGAGGUUUUAAUUGUUUCUAUGUUCCAGAGGCUUGGGGAAGCGUUUUGUAAAAAUUUUGUAAUAAAACACCAGGUUAAUCUGAUGGGUCAUGGGUUCAAAGCUCGGGGCAGCUACCAUUGCUGUCAACAUAUGUUCAACAUUAAGUUGUUUAAACUAGGACAGUGAGAAAACAUAAACCACGUUUAAAUUACCGUUAAGUCGCCCAUCGUUGUAUCAGGGUACCGGGUUCAAACCUCAGUGUUGCUAUGGUUUGCGUGGGCAUUACUAGUUUAAACUACCACUGUUAGAUGACGUGAAUUUUGAUUAAAAAGGCCCAUUCAUGUUUUAAACCUUUUUUUCCGAUAUUUAACAACUGGAUCUUUACUUGGCCAGCAUACGUGAAUUAUUAUUAAGAAAGGUGUUGUCAAAAUAUCCCUUGUAUUUCAAC